AUGCUGGAGAAGGACGAUGAACUCGGCCAGGGAGCAGAUCAGCCUACGCAGGAGCUACCAGCGCUGGGAGCUGGUGCGCCGGGCGAGGCCAGUGACGGAAGGAGAUCUAUACAGGAAACGCGAGGUCGUGCUGUCGAGAGUCUGGAUAGACGAAGGACGUCCUUCUCUCCAGGGACUCGUUCGGACCCGGCUCAGAGAUCAUCGCAGCAACACCAUGUCCGCUUUUCGACUGAUCUUGAGCGCCCUCUGCCCAGCACCGAGCAGGAGCCUCAGGUCGUGGACAGGCGACCAAGCUCGCGAGGGUUGACUCUGGAUACCAACCUGGCAAGGUCAGCCCCGCAGCCCAUCGCUAGAUCGCCAGAGAAGGGCUCAACGUCCCCUUUGUCUCCCAAUGGGAUGCUAUCCCCUCUGUCGCCUCAGAGUCCGGAUGGGGGUCGAUCCAGAUCUCGAAAUCGUGGCUAUUCCCUGCGACGGACUAUCUUUGCCAAAAAUAUACAACCCCAGCCAGAAGGGGACGGGUCAGUCAUCGAGCUGGGGCAAGCCCAACCGUCGUGGGCUUCCACUGCAGAUGCAACUACGGAGAAGAACCGUGUAUCGUCUGACGGGAAAGGAACGAAGGAGGAAGCUCCUGGCACUCCCGUAGUGACGGUGCAGUCCUUUUCGCAGGACGACGGCUCGACAUUCUUCUCAGAUUCAUCCGAGCAACUCAAGGAUGGACCAGCCUUCUCGACGUCAAAAGCUUACGAUCGAUGGUUGCGGAGAAAAGGGACUCAUGCUCUAGUGCGAUCACGAUUGCAGAGUUUUGCGGAAUCUGUCCGCAAGAAUGUCCUGAGGAUACGAGAUAUCCCGCCUAGCAAAGAUGGCCGCCACAUCGAUCUCGACCCUACGCGGACUGACUCGCUGAUCGAUGAGAGAACGGGCAAGCAAUACGUCGGUAACUCUAUUCGCUCCAGUCGGUACACGCUCUGGAGCUUCUUCCCCCGCCAGCUGGUAGCGCAAUUCUCUAAGCUUGCCAACUUCUACUUUCUGCUUGUCGCAAUCCUGCAGAUGAUACCAGGAUUGAGUACAACUGGUACCUACACAACUAUCAUUCCUCUGAUGAUCUUCGUUUCGAUUUCGAUGGGCAAAGAGGGGUUUGAUGAUCUGCGGCGUUAUCGUCUCGAUAAAGAAGAAAACGAUCGACUUGCUCACGUCUUGCGCCCUGGCCAGGAGCGCACACAGGCUUCAAGUCUGCCAUCUAGUGACUGCGAAUCAGCGUUGAGCGCUCUUGAAAAUUGGGGCCUUGUAAAGUGGCGCAACAUAAAGGUCGGCGAUGUGGUCAAGAUCGAGCGGGACGAGCCCGUUCCUGCCGAUGUGGUCCUGUUGCAUGCGGAUGGACCCAACGGUAUCGCGUAUAUCGAGACCAUGGCCUUGGAUGGUGAAACAAAUCUGAAGAGCAAACAGCCAUGCCCGCCAGUGGCGAAGACGUGUGCCACGGUCGAGGAUAUAAUGAACAGUCCUUUACACUUCGUUGUGGAAGAUCCUAAUCUCGACCUGUACAAAUUUGACGGCAAUGUCACCGUUGGAGACGAGAAACUUCCCUUGACCAACAACGAAAUCGCCUAUCGCGGGAGCAUUUUGCGGAAUACCGAACGAGCUAUCGGUAUGGUCAUCUACACGGGCGAGGAGUGCAAGAUUCGGAUGAAUGCAAACAAGAACCCGCGCAUCAAGUCACCUGCACUUCAGGCCAAAGUGAAUCGCGUUGUGAUGGUCAUCGUCGCCGUGGUCCUAGCCUUGGCUUCUAUAUGUACGAUUGCAUACAAAUUUUGGUCGCAAGACGUGGAGGACAGGUCCUGGUAUCUCGACAAGGCUAAUGUUGAGUACGGCCCGAUCUGGACAUCCUUCCUGAUCAUGUUUAACACCAUGAUCCCUAUCUCCCUCUACGUCAGUCUGGAAAUUGUCAAAGUUGCCCAGAUGUUCUUGAUGAAUGACAUCGAUAUGUACGACGAAGAGUCAGACACGCCCAUGGAGGCCCGGACAUCAACAAUCAAUGAGGAAUUGGGCCAAGUCAGCUAUAUCUUCUCUGACAAGACGGGCACUUUGACGAACAAUACGAUGCGUUUCCGGAAGAUGAGUGUCGCCGGUACCGCCUGGUUGCAUGACUCCGAUCUGCGAGAAGAGGCUGCUCGAGAGGGCGACCGUGCUAAGCUCAUACAUAAAAAGCGCAGCAUCAAGGGCAAGAAGGCCAUGGGUCGGAAGUCCAAUGCGGGCUCCAUGAGGAAAUCAAAUGUCUCUGCGAUCAAUAAUGAGCUUGAUACCCCGACACAGACAAGAUUUGCCGGCCGUGAAAAGCAAUACCGAGGAGGCCGUACGGGCGAUAUGCUGGAAUAUAUCCAUCGCAAGCCAUAUACUCUGUUUGCUCGUCAAGUCAAGAUGUUCCUCCUGUCCAUGGCGUUGUGUCAUACUUGCUUGCCGGAAUCCGAUGAAGACGGUGAGAUAGCAUUCCAAGCCGCUUCGCCCGAUGAACUGGCACUUGUCACAGCUGCCAGGGAAUUGGGAUAUGCUGUGAUUGACAGGAACCCCAAUGCGAUCACUAUUCGGACGUACCCGUCUGGGCGGGAAGAGAGCCCUGUUGACGAGACUUAUGAAAUUCUGGAUGUUAUCGAAUUCUCCAGUGCCCGAAAACGAAUGUCGGUUGUCGUUCGCAUGCCUAACCAGCGUAUCUGUGUCUUCUGCAAAGGUGCGGACUCCGUUCUCAUGAAGUUGCUCAAGCGAGCUACACUCGCAGAAGAGAAAGCAGUCGAAAUCGAUAGGCGCGCCAGUAAAAGGAAGACGGAGGAAGCGAUCGAAGUAAUGAGACGGACCAGUGAGCACCGCAGCCGAACUAGCACGAGCCGCCCAAGCUUCAGUGGGAGAAGAUCUAGUGUAUCAGGGAGACACAUGGCCUUGAGGGAUAGUAUCGAUGUCUGGCUCAAGGACAGGGAGACCGACGGUGGUAUCCUAACAAGAGACAGCGGCUCCGAGUUCUACAGUUCGCGCCCAUCUGCCCAGUGGGGUCGACCGUCCGCGGCUUUGUCUGAUUCUGGAAGCUCUCUGCAGGAGGAUGAGAAUGAAGAGCUGGUCGAGGAAGCUCUCGUCGUAAACGAGAACGCGGUGUUCGAGAGAUGCUUCCAGCACCUGAACGACUUUGCAACCGAAGGUUUACGGACGCUCCUCUACGGCUAUCGCUUCCUUGACGAAACAACCUAUAAUGACUGGAAGAAGGCGUACCAAGAGGCUACCACCAGCAUAAUUGAUCGUCAAGAGAAGAUCGAGAAGGUGGGCCAGCAGAUCGAGCAGCAACUUGAACUGGUUGGCGCAACUGCGAUCGAAGACAAGCUCCAAAAGGGCGUUCCCGAAGCAAUCGACAAGCUGAGACGGGCAAACAUCAAAUUGUGGAUGCUAACAGGAGACAAAAGAGAGACUGCCAUCAAUGUUGGCCAUUCCUGUCGCCUUAUCAAGGACUAUUCGACUGUCGUUAUCCUCGAUCACGAGACAGGAGAGAUUGAACGAACUAUGGUGUCAAUGACAUCAAACAUUCAGAGGGGAACAGUCGCCCAUUCCGUGGUUGUUGUCGAUGGACAGACGCUCUCUAUAAUCGAAUCGGAUGAAUUUCUAAUGGCCAGAUUCUUAAGACUUGCGGUGCUCGCUGAUUCAGUUAUCUGCUGCCGUGCCAGUCCCAAGCAGAAGGCACUGCUGGUGAAAUCCAUCCGCAAGCAGGUUAACGAUUCUAUUACUCUCGCCAUUGGUGACGGUGCAAAUGAUAUCGCGAUGAUCCAAGAAGCCCAUGUCGGUAUAGGUAUAACUGGAAAAGAGGGUCUCCAAGCGGCCAGGAUAUCCGACUACUCGAUCGCUCAGUUCAGAUUUCUUCUGAAGUUACUUCUUGUGCACGGCCGUUGGAACUAUGUCCGCGUUUGCAAGUACACACUGGGUACAUUCUGGAAAGAGACACUGUUCUACCUGACCCAAGCUCUCUAUCAGCACUGGAACGGGUACACGGGAACCAGUUUGUACGAGCCGUGGAGUUUGAGUAUGUUCAACACUCUCUUUACAUCUCUGCCCGUCAUUUUCCUGGGUAUAUUCGAAAAAGACCUUGCCGCGUCCACACUUCUCGCUGUACCUGAGCUCUAUACGAAGGGGCAGCGCCAUGCUGGCUUCAACAUCAGACUCUAUCUCGGAUGGGCUUUCAUGGCCACAUGUGAAGCGGUUGUCAUAUUCUUCACGAUGUGGGGUCUUUUUGGCGAGGCUAUCAUGAAUAUUGACGCUGGAAUCUUCCCCAUGGGUCUCCUCUGUUUCACCGCGUGUGUAACUGUCAUCAAUAUGAAGUUGCAGUUCUUGGAGAUCCACUACAAGUCAGUAUUAUGUGUUGUCGUCAUGAUCAUAUCUGUCGGGGGCUGGUUCUUGUGGAACAUCAUUCUCUCACGGCAAUACAACAACAUCUCCGGCAAAGGCGUGUACGACGUCCGUGACAAUUUCCUGACCAGGACGGGCCAAAACUUGCCUUUCUGGGUUGUACUCUUGCUCGCGGUUUCAGCAGUCCUCUUGCUUGAGUUCGCUGUCAGCGCAAUUCGUGCUCUUCUCUUCCCCACCGACGUGGACAUUUUCCAGGAAUUCGAGCAGGAUCGCGAGAUCCGCAAGCGCUUUGAAGAAGCAGCGGCAAUGGAGUUGCAACAGGGUUGGGACAGAGGAAGUAAGAAAUCUAGUUUUGAACUCGCCAGGGAGACCGAGGAGAUGGAGGCUCGUGAGAAGCAAGUUCAAGAGCUCCUUGAGCGUCCCAGGGUUAUGACAAAGACGGAAUCUGGCCGAGAACAGGAAGUUGUAGACGUCGAGCUGGGAGCAUAUGAUAAUGGAGUCAGUGACUCCAGCGGAGAGGGUGAACAUGAUAGCUCCGGCGGUGCCGGGCCUCGUCGUUCUCUCGAAAUUCACGAGUUGUUCAGCAAAGGGUUCGGUUCCAUCAGGAAAGGUCAUGAUUUGCGAUGA